AACUGCAUUUUAAAUAUAAGGUGCAAUCAUUGUUUGUCUUCUUACAUUUAAUAAUGACUCAUAAACUAUAAACUGCAGGAUUAAAUAUCCAAUAUAUACUUCGACUUCAUUUUGUUAAUCUUAGGGGAAGGACGUUGAAUAAUUAAGCAAGAGUUACUGCACAGAACAUAAAAUUGUAACUCGUGACUACAAACACCAUGAAGGAUGAUAAUUCUAUUAUGACCUAUGUUAUUGAUUGCUAAAAGGCAACAGAAGCAUCAGACUGACUAGGGAAAAGGAACAGCAUAUUGGCGGUUUUAUCUUGAAGAAACAAUGGAUUUCUUCAGAAAUAUCUUACUGAUUUUGAUUCAUCUGUAUGUCCCAGCAACAUUUAAUGUGCACAGCAGAAAGUUCGUUAAUUGCUAGCUUUUUCCUCUUAGAAAUGUGCUGCUUUGUUAGUGAAAACAAUAUAAUAGAACAGAACGCACCACUCUCGCGGCAGGGAAAAUAUACAUAUUGCCUGUAUUUCCUCCUAUGACUUGUCUAAAACUGAAGUGCGCUGUAAUAACCCAAGAUAUUUUCGCAAAAACAUUUUGUCAAAACUAUCAAUAAGGACUAUACGAACUCAGUUUCUACAUCUCCUUUCGAAGGAAAAAUACAUUUUGCUGCCCAGAAUUGUUGCGCUUUUACAAUGACAGAAAAACUGCUCAUAAUAUCAGGCGUAGACGGUUUGAAUAUAUUUUGCAUCGUGGUUUAAGAGGACUGCAAAAGUAUAUGAAAAGACAAAGAAUUGCACGAUGAGAAACUUCACCCCCAUUAGGCAGUCGUGCUUGCUUAUCUGUAAAAGGAAUUUUAAACAGAUUGAAAAUACCAGAUUUUGCUCAGAAUCAUUAAUCACCUCAUUCAAUAAAUACUUCUUUGUAUACUUCAACAGCAAGUCUGAAGGGCGUUCUUUUGGAAAAGUGUGUGGACACGUUGGAUUCUCCUGAAUAAAUUGUGGCCAUCUCGACGAGGACCAUUUUUUUCCCAGUUGGAACAGUCCUCGAGUCUCUUGCUAGACAAAUGUUAUUAAAAUUAUAUGUACGUUAUCAUAAGUAAAGGACAACCAUUUCCGUCAAACCUGUUUUGGAAAGGGCAAGUUUAUUAAAACUUAUCCUUUAUAUGGCCAAAGUUUAGCUGCUUUCAGCAAAUGAAAACUCUUUUGCAUCUUUACUUCCUUUCUCUUUGAUGUUUGUAGUUUAUUGUAAAUCGAACGGUCUUUUGUAAUAAAAAGUUGCAUUGUUUGUCAACGGCAGGGCAACGAGAGUGAGUUCACAGAGAGGACAGAUUUUCUGACCGAUUAGCCGCUUUUAGCGGUGCAGACUGACCCCUCAAACCCUUGACCUUUAAAAAAAGAUGGACAGCGCUCUUUCCACCAUUUCCUACGCCCGCAGAUAGUGGUUAAAAUGUAUCUUGUUUUUUUUAAAAAAGUACAAAGAUAUCCAAAUGACAUAUCCUGGAAACUCAUAUUUAAGUUCAUGGCGAUAAUGAGAGAAAUUUUUUUAUACAGUGUCUGUGUACCUAUAACUAAUUUAUAUAGUGCAUUUUAUUCUGUGGCAAUUGCCUGUGUAAAAGAGUAUUUGCUGAUAACUUAUAUGUAACCUGCAAAAUUCUGUUUAAAAACAAUUCUUAUGUUUACUAAGAAACAAUGCUUGUUUUUGGUCGUUUAGUUAAUAAUGUUUUGUAGUUCAUUGUUGGCAUGAUUUAAAAGAAUGGUUCAAAUUCUUCCCUUGUUACAGUGAGAUAAUGCAUCCAUUAAGAAGGGUCUAUUGUUAUGAUUAUUGAACAGAGGAGUAACGAGUUUGUUUGGUAUCAAGUAUGAGAUUGCUUUCGAGGAACCAUAUGUGUUUGUGUGUAGCUCUCUGUGGCCGGCAUUUUGGAAAUUAAUAUGUAAUUGCUUUAAUAAACAAAAAUGCAACAUUUCUUUUUUGUUGACUGGACCUAGGCACACGCAUAUAAAAUGUAUGAUUUCAGCAAAGUCAAACUUGAUAGUUUGGGUUUAAAGCACAUCUAAAAUAAUAAGCGAGAUUGACACUAAACGUAGCAUUCAAUGGUCUGUUUUUAAUCAACUGUAGAACAUGAUGUUCGUUGCAUAUGCAGUAUGUUAAUCAUAGGGUCUCAAAUACCAGACACAAUGCAAAAACUAAUACACAUUUGAUUGGUAUAAUAAAGUAUCGACUAUGGCUAGUAAGAGUCGGUUUAGUGUCAUAUUUAGAAGCCUCUAGGGGAUGUAAAGGGACACAUGAAAGAGUUGGUCUUACAUGUGACUUAUAUAUGCAGAGUACUGUAACAGCGAGUUCAAUAUCAAAAUGACAGGCAGACAAUAAAGACAGUUUGAAGAAGUGCCCAAGAAUAUUGGACUGAAGCAGCUCGAGCUAUAGGCUACACAAUGGCAGACCUGUCAAACAUGGGAUCAGCACAGGCCAGUCAUUUUUGUAUUAUCACUUACCAGCAAACUUCCAAAGACUAAAAGAAAGCCAAAGCAAAAGGAUACAACUAAGAAGUAAAGCAAAGAGAAAAAAAACUCCACUCUCCAAGAUAAAGGGUCACGCGUCUCCUCUGUGUCUAUUUUUGUCUCUGUCCAGAAUCAAGACGCGUUCCUGGAUAGUCUAAUUGGGCAUUGAGGUGAUCUAAGAAUCCCAAUUUAAAAGGUAAAACAUAUUGUUUUGAUUGCUGUGCUGAAAUUGAAUGUUUGAUUUCAGGUGGAGGCGUUUUAUUUUAGUGUAACAGGUGGUUUGGCGCUGCAGUUCAUUGGAAUUGGUGUCUACCAUAUGAAAACGUAAUUUGUUUUUUUCAACUUUGUUAUAAGAUGAGAGGUUCUGUGCACUCGGCAGAGCUGAAUCCUUCUACGUUGAAAUGUCUCACCCAGCUGCAAAAGGUAGUCAUGGAGUCAUUGAAGAGUAGCAGGUCGGUGGUUAUUUAAAGAAACAAAAGGCGAGGGGAAUUCCUUUGUUUGGGGUUCACCACAACCUCAAAGAAAUCACUUCAGCUAGAAACAUAAAGAUGAUUUAGUUAAAACAGUGUUAUAUUAUCGUAUGUAAAGGAAAGACAACUUUCCCUGUGAUAUUAUGAAAUAAUAUAUCUUUCAUUUUGAACUCUGCAGGGAUAUGAAACCUAAAAUCAACUGGGGAGAGAAUCAUUAAACAUUUACUGUAAUUGUAUAGGGUAUGUUAGUUUGUUGUCAUACAGACUGCCUAAAUAAAAGCGCUUGUAACCACAUUUGAAGGCUGGUAUGUUUUCUACAAGCAACCAUUCAAUUUUCAAUGACACCUCAAUGCACUCUUUCUUAAAGUCUGUACUUAUAAUGCUAGUAUCCAACUCUAUCCCAUUUACGUUCACAUAUGAACUUAACGCCAGAAUGUACAGCUGUAAACAACAAAAUAUGUUGAAAAGGUUUGAACCCUCUCGGUUAGAGGUGAAAGUAAAAUAUGUCAGAUUUCUUUGUUUUAUUAUUAGGAGACUGGCAAGAAAAAUGCAACUAAGAACAAUUCUCCCUGUUCCGUUUGUUCCACCUUUGUGUUUGGUGUACAUAUCUGAACGCAAAGACUUUCCGAUGUGAUUUGCAAUUUUAACGAAAAACGAAAAACAAUUGUUCAGAAAUAAACAAUUCUUUUGUUAUGAUUUACACAUCUGAAAUCCAGUUCAAAUACACGUUCUGUACAAGUACGAGAAAACACGCCGAAAUGAAAAGCACAUCUUAAGCCUUUUAUAAAGUAAAUACGUUCUCAAGUAAGAAUAGACAAAGGUGGGAAUGUCGAGUAAAACGUCAAAAUAAUUUUAAUUUUCCAAUACCCCAUAACAGAAUAUCGAACAAUAUUUCGGUUAAAGGUAACAUUUUGUCGGCUUUAAGUAGUGUUGGCAGUCUUUGUCAAAUCCCAGAUUAGUAACAAUUUUCAAUCCUUCUGCUUAAUUUAAAGGGGUGUUUGAUAACUAGAGAUGUUUUAUUGCGGGGUGCAAUAAAUUACCCAACCUUAAUGCUUUGUUGUGAUGGGUUUGUCAAUUGCACCCGCAUACAAAAAUGAGUUGCUUACAAGGCCACUCUUAAAAUGGAAAUAACGGGACUUCAUUGAUGCGAGACUGGUUUGCUUUUCAGAUAGUUUUUGAAUGAAGUUUACACAAUAUAGAUUAAAAUAAAACAAUUGUUUUACUGCGAUCAAUCUUCUGUUGGAAUGUUUUCUCAUGCUCCAGCACGAUCAGCGUCGGCCUAAAUCUCGCAUCAGGUCCUGCUUCUUUUUUUAUUUCCCAGUUUCAGGGUCGAAUGUUUUCAGCUAGACAGUGUAUUUAUAUUAAGGAAUAAAUAAAUAAUAUCUAGCCGUGUUUAAACAGUGGGGAAAAUGUUAUUUGUUUAUCCAUAGUUUUAAGUGUAUAACGUACACUUAUCGAAAUGAUUCUUAAAGAAAAUGAAGAGUAAAAUGAAUCGUGUGGCAGUGGUUCGUGCAUAACGUGCAAAUCCCAUUUGCCCUGCCAUGCUGCUCGGCUUCAACCUUACCUUCAUAAUGUAAUGGGACUUAGUUCUCCUCAAGACUAGAGCAGCUGUUUCCUAAAUCAACUCCGCAUAAUGUACUGCCAGUUUGCAAGCAUACUAACCUAACAAUGAACCACAGAAACUUUAUUGUAUGUACGUAAUAACCAGAUUUGAUCCAGAUUCUGCUAACAAUUAUUUUAAGUCACGUGAACGGAUUCCAUAAGGGUUUUCUUCCCCCUCGAUUCGGCCCAGCUUGUUUGCGGGGCUCCUUUCCUCUCUCUCGCUUUAAUGCAUAGAUCUCACCAAAACCCGGCACCCCAGACGUCUGCAGAAACGUAUAAGCCAAACAGUUUGUACUUGCAGGGCGCCGAAUCAGUACGACGGAGUGAAAUUUCCUUCUGAUGAUCUAAUUUGAAAAGGUUUUGCAGAAAGAGAAGCCGUCCAGAGUAAACAGAGUGCAAUAAAGUCAAAACAGACGGACAGCCUGGAAAAUGUAAACUCUUCAAUAUGCGUUGAAACUUCCCUCUUGCAAAGCACAUUACAGCCGACUUUAUCUAUCCUUUGACGAUGGUUUGGAUUUUUCUGAAUUCUCAGGUAAGCUGGAAUGUUUCUUUGCAUCUCUGUCUAUUUUGCAAACAGGAUAAAUUCCGGCCCAGUUCGUAAUUAAUGGCUUGAUUCAAGAGAAGUUGUUGCUUAGCGCCAAGUCUGAUAGCCCUUUCUUUUCGGAUUCUCCUCUUCUUCUAAUACACAUUUCCAUUGUAGUUGAGCGCUGGAACAUUUCAAGGUUGAACUUUGCACAUUUAAAAUUUGUAUUGGUAUAUCAGUCACUAUAACAAGAAUACUGAUCAACUUUGGAUAUUUUAGCCUCAAGCCUCUUUGAGCUGUGAGAGCGAUUUAUUGCUUUGAUAUGUUCCACUUGCUCAAUAACAGUGACCUAAAGAUUUCUUCCAACUUUAGUCUCUGAAUAAUCGAUUUCGUCUCUGUUCCAAUUUCAGGACGUUUCCUGGAUUUUUCAAAGAAACACGGUUUAAGUUUCAAUCAAUCAAUCUAUCUCUCUAUCUAUCUAUGUAUCUAUCUAUCUAUUUGUCUAUCUAUGUAUAGACAUGCAUAUGCUCAUACGUAUGUCCAUAUAUUUACGUGUGUAUAUGUUUACAUUAAAUUAUUUCAGUAUCAAAAUGACGAACUUCAUAGCGUUCAUCAAUUAUUCAUUAAUGUUUUACGCUGUGUUGAGAGUUUAACUAUGGCCUUUUGUUCGGAGGGAAAAUGAAGAGUCUAUAACCUUUCUGAAAUUUGCUGAUGUUGGGAAACCAAAAAUUCGCCUCACUUUUGUGCCCUGACACUUUGAAGUUGCUGUAAUGAUUAUAGUUUAACUCAGUUUAUUAUUAGCUAUACUAAGCUGUCCAACUCAAACUUUGAACGCACAUAAGUUUCCCACAACUGUAGAAAGGGACGUUUAAAAGAAUCUCAAUCAUUUGUGAUACCAAGCAAUGCUUGCUACUAAGGAAAGUGCAUAAAGGAAACGGGCCUAUGCUGGGUGCAGCAGAUUGUAGUGAAAGUUUAUUGAACGACCUUCAGAAAUGUUCAAAGACUACAAUAAAUAGAAGGAAGCAAAGGUGGAAGGGGCAAAAUAAAAUAUAAGCAACAGAAAGAAGGGUCCCUGUUCAAGACAGGUUGUCCAUGAAGAAGACAUGUUUUAAAAUUCAAAUUGAAGACUUUAGACUAGGGACUUGUUAAUCAUGAAUCUCUCAGAUGAAAUAUAGUUUGAAUAACUUCAGACAUACAGAAGUUGUGGAUGAAUUGAUAUCAAACUCUCUGCACUUUCUGUUUGACACUAAACUUUCAAUAUGUGUUGCACUAAACUAGAGCACAUCUCAUGGACAAACAACCAAGAGAUAAAUUCUAUUCCACAGAUACACAAUGAUUUUUUUUCAUUAAUGGUUCCUCAUAACAAUCAAUAUCUAUUACAUUGGAGUCUAUUUUGCUCUCUUCCUCCACAACAAGUUCCACGCAUCACUCAAUUGGCAGAAAGCAUGUAAGCAAAGAUUUUGCAUGAAGGUCCCUACAGACACGAUUUACGAUUCCACUGGUAAAGAAAUCAGAAUGGUUAGGUCGCUGUCAAGUACUCUCCUCAUCCUGUGCUACAUUCAGUAAAAUCAACUAUGCUUUCUGGGACACUGCUUUGUCUUUGUCAGGUAAUUAUAAACCUUUUCUAGUUUGAAUAACUAGCAUGGUGUAACGUGUGGGUGUUGAGCAAGUCCAGUACAAUAGCACGCUCUGAAAAGGGAGAUUCGUACGGAAGCUUAACCAUUGUGGGGCUUCCCUGCUUACUUGGCUGUUUUGAUCGAAAAUGUGAAGUUGUCCCUUCUUCACAGGUCGAUUUAAACACCCGUUGCGGGUUUUAAUGCGUCACAAACAGCUAUUCAUCUGUUCCAAGUAGUUGAGCCUACAGUCUCGGAUUGGGGUCUUUUACACUAUGAGAUACAGACGACACAACUUACCGUAUCGUGGAUUUCCUGCACAGAAUUAUCGCGGAACAACCUUCUGCAACAUCAACAAAACUCUACUUAAGAAACUUCCUAGGUUUUGUUGGGUAAAAAGUUAGGUUUUCCUUGAAAAAGGUGCUCCUUUAAUUAUCUCCCAAAUUCAAAUAAAAGGAUUUAAGUUGACGUAUGACCACGUGAGCACAUAAUACAGCGCAUUAUUGUGGCAUUUGGAUCGGAGACCUAUGCUGGCUUCGGCUGUGAUUACGCUUUUCCACUUUCUGUUAAGAGCCAGCUAUUUUCUUCUAAAGAGAUUGCACUCUGGGCACUGGAUUUCACAUGAAGGAAUAUAUGCGAGCAGGACAAGAUGCUGCAUUUAGCGGAAUGGAUUUUAUUUUGAGGUAUUCCAAAUGCUUCCGUUGAUUGUUCAUUAAUAUGGUGAGUUAUUGCUGCUCAAGGCAAAGGUCAGUGAAAAGGCUUACGGGUGUCAGAAUGUACCAGAACACGUUAGAUUCCCCCUUUUCUCUUUGCUUCGGCACAUAAUCCAUUUCCAAAAAUAUUUUCCCUCCAGAUGGGAAAUAAAAAAGAAGUUAAUUCGUGGGAUAUUGCUCGGAUCACAUGCAUGUGUUGUUCCUUGAAACACGAACAAUCGAAUAUUGAAAUCCUGUCAAUGGCCGCUCUCUGCUCGAAUAUGUACAAACAAAACAUCUUGUGUUUAUAACAUUGAAUGAGACACCAAUAUAUCUGGCUUUAAUAGCUGUUAAUAGGAAUUACUACUGUAUCACAUGAGGAUAAACACAUUUAUUUAGUCUGACAUUUUAUUCAUUAGGUAAUGUGCUUCAAUGAACGGUUCUUCGUCCAUUUUAGAAAUCCAGUCAGCUAAUUUGUGGAUUGUAGUGUGUCUAGAAUGAGGUUAUUUAGAUUUUUCGUUAUUAUGUGUAUUGUUGAAAUCUCAAUGAAUCACAUCGCUUAAUAGAUGGACAUUACAUUUUAUGCUUCUAAAUGGGACGUGUAGUGAUUUUGUGAAAAAAUAAGACUGUUCAUCAAAGUUUGACAUUUUAAAAAAAUCAUUGUUGGCUAAAAAUUGCCCCUACUUGCUCAUCUUCACUAUGUUAGCGUUUGAUUAAUGUAAAGUAUAAAACAGGUUGAAUCUGGGAUUAUUUACUAGCAGGCCGUCAUUGUCCUGGAAUACUGAUUACCUGAAGAAUUUAACGAAAUAAAUUAAAACGUGAUUCAGAUAAGCCAAUUCUGCUUUUUUUCUUUAAAAAAGUACCUGCAGGACGAAUAAAAUGAUGGAAACAGACUCGUUAUGUGAUUCUGGGGGUGCAAGUGUUAUAUAAAAUUGCACCCACCAGCGAGUCCUGCUCAGGAAAGGUCAGGGUGUUGCGAUUUGAUUUAUGUUUUCGGUGUGCUGGGACAGCCGUGCGAAUGCAAUCUGCUUUAACGAAUGCUUUACUUAUUUUUAUAUAUGACAAAUCACAGUGGCAAUUAUUGAUAGCCGGAUCAGUACCCGACUGAAACUCUACCAAUCGCGCAAAAUAAAAUCAGAUCAGAAGGGGUGGCGUGGGGAGUGGAUUAAAAAAAAGACACUGUAAAUAAUUAAAGUAAUUUCCUGUCCUACAUAAUCGGCCCGUCGCCACACAUAUCUAAAUGCAAUAUAUGUAAUUGACGAUAUCACUAUUUCAUGAGCUGAUAUAUUUCGAAAUGUACAAUACCGGUGAAAUUAACGUUGUUGGAGUUGGUAUUUUCGUCCUUGCUGACUUUGAACUCUUCUUUCGGUCUCUCUAUUUAAUUUUUUUGCAUUAUAUCGGCAGUGUUUAGUGUCGCCCCACUCCAUCCAGCCGGCCCAAAGUUGAAUGCAAACACUGGGCAAAGAAUUUUGACUAUAUUCUAAACAACAAUUCUACAGCCAGAUACUUUUCAGCGAGACUGACGAACUUUCGCGACUGGACGCAGGGAGAGCCGACAGUUUCGAAUGGCGUAAACCGUUUCUGAUCCAGAAUUUUAGUUCGCUGUACCCAGCAAGUUCCCGAUGAUGUUGGACGACACCCUCACGUAAACCGGGCACUUUCACUUUCUAUCCAGCUGCUUCUUAAUUAAAUCUCACUGAACUAGCCUAGGUUAUAAUCAGUAUUUUUAAAAAAAAAUCCAGCUUUCGUGACGUUACUUAAUGCCACCUUCCUACGAUCGCCAGAGAAAGAGGGAAAAAGUUAAACUCAGCACUUUAAGAAAGUGCAAGGGCUGUUCAUUGACAAUAAAGCACUUCACUACAGAUAGAACAUCGAGCGGCUUACUUGAAAAGUUGCAAACGAGUGAAUUUUUGUCCCUAUCUUCCCUCCUACGCUGUUUGGCUUCCCCUUUCAUGCAGUUGCAUCGCAAUAAGCGAUAGGAGCAAGUGUUUUCACUUUAGUGCUCUGUUUACAGCCUUAGUGCAUGAAGUCAUAAAUCUUACGUAGCCAUAAACGACAGAAGCAUUGGUAUGCAUUAGGGGUGACUAUAGCUCCUUCAAUUCUCGCCUCUUUUGCCUCGGUUUUGCUUCCCUUGCGUAACUUUUCGCUCCUAUGUCUGAAACACUUUUACUUCAGCAUUGUUAGCACCUUUACUUCAUUGAAUUGGGAAGAAAAAAUGGGCCCUGCUUUAAAACCAAUUGAACCUGUUUGAAACGAGGUUGUAUUUUCAUCCUGGUGCCAUAUUUCCUCCGCACUAUUCUCAAGCUGUACUUCAAACAAAGCCUUUUCUUUACAACAAGGUGUUAAUAAAAGUUAGUACAGCGCUAUCAACGCGGAAGAUUAAACGCAUACUCGAAUAGUGUAUUCUUUUAUUUUGUGUCAAUAUCAAUAUUAUUAAAACGCUAUUUGUUUCAAAGGGUGAGAUUUUGAUUCAAGUUAUGAUUAUAAAGAUUCAAUGAUUGCCAAACCAGUGUGCUUGUGUCCUCCGCGUUGGUUAAUUUGCAUAAUUUUCACUUGUGACGCUAUGUUUCGGGGGAGUUUACUCAGCCUGUCUGUUCAGUACCGCCAGGCAGCAAACUUAAAAUCCGCGCUUGGACCCUACAAUAUUCAUAAGCAACAUACCCCAUUUCUUUGGUAUUAGAUAAGAGAAGCCAGGAAAACUGAUAGUAGUCUUAUCUCCCUGACCAGGGCACGCUACCAUAAUCACAGGGCUGUCCAUCCAAAAGCUAGAGUCUGCUCGCCUGUUCUUUGCCGCUCUACCAUUUUCCCUUCCCCAUUUGUCGUUGUCGUCAAUCAGUGAUUUUCAGCGUGUAAGAGUAAACUGUUUGCCUUCAUUCUACUUAAUUUGGAAGUUUUGAAACUCCUGCUUAUCGAUUUCCCUGGUGAAUCUGCAAAUAUUGUGCCGUGGUCUGCGUCUAUCGUCAGAGACUAAGGUAAGCUGGACACAAAUAGGCUAUCACUGGUGAAUGGCGGAGUUUAUGUCCCAGUGAUUUAUGACCAUAUGACUUAAAUCUCGGUUCAAGAAGAGUUCACAUGGUAUAGCUUCCUUUCAUAUCCUGGCUGAUACCCGUAGGCUGAGAAUUCAAAUCUUUUAAUUCUACUUUCUGUUUCUCCUGCACCGCUGAUAUUGUUGUCUACAUUUUUCCAAGUUUUGUGAAUAUAUUGCAGCCUACUGUCUCGCCUGAGGCAUCUAUACACAUACACCUAGAAGCAUUUGCUAUUGCUCUGGUAGAAUCUGAGCUUCAGUGCUUGCUUUUCAACUUUUUUUUUCUUUUACCCUGCUUACCCUGGUAGUGUGGUGAAGAAUGCUGAAAGCUGUUUAUAGAGGCAAUUGUAUGUGCAGAUACAUAUCUCUGCCAGGGUUAGCUGGAUAAAUAGUCGGACAAGGUUCACAUUAAAGAGACACAAAUCAAAAGUUUGUCAUUACUCCAUUUCACUCCAAUAGAGAAAGAGGUUGUUUUCUGCUUUGUUGUUUGACUGGCAGCGAGGGUAGCAUUUAUGUGAGAGUUACAUAGCGUCUUUGAAAUAUAAUGUGUCAGUUUACAGUCACAAAGCUUUUCCGUGUUGAAACAUAUAGAGAGAAUAGGAACAGUACACGAGCGAUACUUUCAAAAACGACGGGAGCAGUGAAGAAAUAGGUUCACGAAAUACUGAGUCGUAGUUGCAUAGGAUGAGAUGCUUUUGUACAGGUGAGCAAGCUUGUAUUUGCUGUUCAGAAAAAAAUGGCGGAGACCCCUUAAGUCUGAGGAAGUACAGGAAAAUUUUGAUGUGUGGGCACCGAUUAUGAAAGAUUGCCAAUAACUCUUUUCACCAUACGAGGAGCAAACCACCGCAUUUUCCCCUCACAGUUUAUACUUGCGUGCUUGAGAACGAAUACUGAUAAUAUAGCAAGAAUAUUUCAAACUUAAAUAAAUUAGUGACAACUCUUUUAUAAGUGAAACCCAUAAUCAAUAACUUGUGUGAUACAGUCCUCGACAAUAGGAAUCACCUCCUUAAACCAAACCAGAGGCCUAUGGCUUCAGGCGCAGCACUUGUCAGUUGGCUGCUAACCACGCUUUUUAAAAAUAACGUUUUCAACUUUACAAAAUGCUUCGGGAGCAUUCAGUGCUCCAACUCACAACAAUGGCAGACUAUUCAGUUUAGGGACGGAACAGUGCAAAGAUUUUUCAAAAGCACUUUCGUUGUUUCAAACGUUCAGUCCCAGAAGCACCAAAAUGCAAUUUUAAAGCUACGCUUAAUACCAUUCAGCCCUACUAUACCGACCACGUCAGGUUGACUUUCUCUUGUAGCUCUAACCACUACAAUUGCUUUGAAGACAGCUCCAAGUUCACGUCAUAUUCAAUCGAAUGUUGUGAAAUGCAUUUUAUAGAAACUUAAGCAUGUAUGUUGGCCAACAAUUGAACAUAACACGCGGAAACUUAUUUUUUUAAUGACCAGGUUUAAAACGUGCAGUGAAGCCCUAUUCACCCGGAGUUUGAACUAUUUUCCUAUCAGCCCCACAAAAUGGAUGGGCUCGCUUUACUAGUGCCUCCUCCUUUGUAUGAGUGCGGCGGCAGCGAAGAAAGGCCUAGCAAACAAUGGUGUGCUCGCCUAGGCCAUAUAUCUUAUUUAAAAUAAAGAAAAAUCUCCUAAUGGCAAUCGAUCUCUAGUUAUCUUAACUGGCUUAAAAGCGUACAUCCGUGACAAAAUAUUGAAUUUUUUUUGUAAAUGAAACAAAGAUCUAUAGGCCCAAGGUGAGCUAUGUACCUCCGAUGCGAAAAUAAUUCUGUUUUGUCCAUUUAACUAAUUUAAUUCAUGGGCGACGCACAUUAAACUACUCUUUAAAAGAGAUAUCAGAUUUGUAUUUUUUAAAGAUGAAAAUUAAAUGACCUGUGUAAAUAGAAUAGUGUUAAAUUUGCUGCCGGUUUGUCAUGAUGCUGGCGCUUUCUGUGGAUUGGGCGCUCAACUUUUCCCCCAGCCCAGUGACCCCAAUACAUCAAAUUAAGAGUAGUUUCAGAGACAGAGCCUAUUAUCGUUUGGUUGGAAGAAAAGUUCACACCGUGGUCAUGCAGAAGGACGCCAGUUUUUCAGGUUCCUGCUCCCUUCCCGAUCCAUCAUGCUUUUAGCAGGUAGAAUUCAAACAUUAAAAGAACGCUUGGAAAUUUCCGCCAGACCAAAUGGUGACCUGCUAAAAGUGGAACCAACAAAAAGCAAGACAUUUCUGCCUGCCACUGUGGGUAAAUCUGGGGUGCAAAAGCGAACACAAAUUUAAAUGCCAUGAUGUCAGCCAUAGUGCACUUAAUGUAGUGUUUGUUCCACGUCCCCGGUGAGAAAAGCGAAAACAGUAUGUUAAAACGAGGCGCUCCUCUGUAGACACAGUUUCAUUACAACACCAGCGGUGUCUAUUACAGGAGAGGAAUGUACAAAUGCACGUUAACACAACCAUUCAGACAGCGGAAACAUCUGUAAAUACCUUUCUUUUAAUACUUUUUAAACAAUAGAGUUUAAACACAGCGCACAACGCUAAUCAUUUGAAUCAAAGUAAACGCAUACAUAGAGCUUAAAUAUAUUGUGUUUCCAUGCAGAGUUUUAACUGCUAAAGUUGGUUUGUUUCGUUUUCACUUUUAAACAAAUCAUUAACUCAUCACAGUGGCCUAAAAUUUCACCGUAUUAUGUCAGCUUGAGUAGUAACAAAUCACAUAUUUAUAAUUGAGUCUUGUUUUGCACAUAUAUACAUAAUGCAAGGUUUUAACGUUCUCUAAACGUUGGCUUGAAAAAAAGUCUUUAUACACAAGUAGUGGUUCUUCUUUUCAACUACCUAAGAAGAAGGCUGUCCUUGGUUGAACCUACCGAAAUCCAUGUUUCAUAUGAACCUUUAUGUAGGAUUAUAUUUCCUCGAUGAGACAAAAUAAAGUCAAAGGCUGGACUCUGCAGCUAUCGAUCGUUUGCCGCACAACCACACUGAGCAGUUACUGCUGAGAGUCAGUUUUAAACCAUUGUUACACGUAGGUUGCCCAGGGCUAAAGCCGUGUGACCAAAUAUUACCACACACUUUUUAUGGCUUUUCAUGUCAGUUGCUAUUGAGAGUAAGAUGGAUUUGUACUAUUUCGCCAUUAUGGUUUUGUCUCUUGUAACCCCAGGUCUACCCGAAGAGGCCAUUGGAAGAAGAGAGUCACGUGACACAGGGUGCCAAUGUUAUUCUAUAAGGGUGUCAAGACCCUGUCAUUUUGCGAAAUAAAUAUUGGGAAACAACGAGAUGCAAAAGGCGACAUACUACGACAGCUCUGCAAUUUUCGGAGGUUACACAUACCAAGGAGCAAAUGGUUUUAACUACAAUGCCAAUCAACAACAAUAUCCUCCUUCUUCCCAUGUGGAAAAUGACUAUCAUCGGCCAGCCUGUUCUCUGCAGUCACCGGCUAACACUGUUCCCCAUCACAAACCCAACGAUAUCAAUGAAAGUUGCAUGCGAACCAAUGCCAGCCAACCGAGCCACCACCCAGUCAUUGCAGAGCAGCAGCAACAGAAGCAGCCACCACCUCCUCCACCACCACCACCACCAUCUGUCUCACCACCCCAGAAUACCAGCAACAGCUCGACCCAGGCCAGCACAAACAAAAAUCCUACACUUACCUCACAAACCACCAUCAGUAAACAAAUAUUCCCCUGGAUGAAAGAGUCGCGCCAAAACGCCAAGCAAAAAACCAGCAGUUCCAGUUCAGUUGAAAGUUCAGCUGGUGAAAAGAGUCCUCCAGGUCCAGCCUCCAAGAGGGCACGCACAGCAUACACCAGUGCCCAACUGGUUGAACUGGAGAAGGAGUUUCACUUUAACCGCUACCUUUGUAGGCCAAGGAGGGUUGAAAUGGCCAACCUCUUAAACCUCACUGAAAGACAGAUUAAAAUCUGGUUCCAAAAUCGGAGAAUGAAGUACAAAAAGGAUCAGAAAGCGAAAGGCAUGCUAACUUCUUCAGGUGGACAGUCACCCUGCAGAAGCCCCAUUCCCCCAUCUGCUGCCGGAGGAUAUGUAAACUCGAUGCAUUCCUUGACAACCAGUGCUCCAUAUGAUCCCCACUCGCCUACAUCCUUCAAUAAACCUCAUCAAAACACCUAUGCUAUUCCUACGUCUUAUCCAGGGCCCCUCAACAAUUGCCCACCUCCACAGAAGAGGUAUGCUGGGACAGCCACUGUGACACCUGAGUACGAUACGCAUCCUCUUCAAGGUAAUUCUGGCUAUGGAACUCCUCAUUUACAGGGUAGCCCAGUCUAUGUUGGAGGAAAUUUUGUGGAAUCCAUGCCAAGCUCUGGGCCUUCCCUUUUCAGCCUAACUCACCUCGGUCAUCCUCCCUCUGGAAAUAUGGACUAUAACAGUGCAGGGCCAAUGACAAGCAACCAUCACCAUGGACCUUGCGACCCACAUCCCACGUACACAGACCUUUCUUCACACCAUCCGUCUCAGGGAAGAAUUCAGGAAGCACCCAAGCUGACCCAUCUGUAGUGGACCAGUUAGCUCCUGGUGGACUAUCAACUUUCUCAUGGUUUUAUAUCAUAUUAUCUAUGAUUACAUCCCUCUUCCACCCUUUCCUUUUUGCUUCAGUACCAACUCUUAUAGUUUACAAGUAAUGUACCUAAUGACAACCAAUCUUUGCUUGCGUUACUCUGUCUCUGGUUAGUGGUUGUUCUUUUCAUGGACUCCAGCCUUAACAUUCAGUAGUAGAAGUGAAGUACUAAGGCUUACAGAACUUUGCAUAUAUAAUCUUCUACUUUAUGGAACAGGGUAUAUGAACAAAUUUUCUAAAAAAAAUACUUAAACGUGAAUUUGUUCGUGCUUUAUUUUUCCUUGCGAGGAACGGUAAAAUGGUUUAUAUUGCACUUCUUUACAUUGAAUGGUUAAACAAGAUCAAAGCGCUUGUACAGGGUCUCCCUGGGCAAAUAAGAGUUCUUGUCCAUCUUUCAGUAUGUGUGUAUGCUGGUGAACAUUCAAAUUUAUUUAUUUGCUCUUGCAAAGGAGAAUAUUCUAAGUGUUUAAAAUAUUAUUUAUCCCCAUUGACGCAUAUUUAUAAAUAGAACUGUACAUUGACUAUUUACUUUGUUCUGUUCAGCCUUGUGUUUUAAGUCAUGGUAAAUAUAUGUUUUUUUUAAUUCAUGUAAGAUACACAGAAAAGUAGUUUUCUGUUAGUAAUGUAUUCUUGAAAAAACGCAAUUUGGUCAAUUGUGGGAAUAACGCCAAGAAAAAGGGACUUAGUCUGUAACUGUAGUAUUCUUAAAAUGGAACACAAAAUUGCUGCAAUUUUGUUUUAGGUAUGCAUUCCAUGCUGCAAAUGAGAUAUCCGUUGAACAGCUAGUUCUGACGAAUAAAUUUUUUUGUCAGCAA